AUCAGCUGUUUCCAAUCACAGCUGAUCACAUGGCACUGAUGAUCAGUGUGCCCUGAUCAUCAGUGUGGCCCCAGAAGUGCCACCUGUCAGUGCUCAUCAGUGCCACGUGCCAGGGCCCAUCAGUGCCACGUGCCAGUGCCCAUCAGUGCCACAUCAAUGCCACAUAUCAGUGCAUACCAGUGCACAUCAAUGCCACAUAUCAGUGCCCAUCUGAGCUGCCUUUCAAUGUCACCCAUCAGUGCCAGUCAGUGCCACCUAUCAAUGCCAAUCAGUGCCACCUAUCAGUGCCAGUCAGUGUCGCCUAUC